AUGCGACGGGGGACGCGGGUGACGCGGGUGACGCGGACGGUCAUCGUGGCAUUACAACUGGUGACCUCAGCGGGAAAGUGGCUGGAUCCGGAGGGUGUGGGUUGGCAGAAGCUGGAUGGAGCUCCACCAUGGAAACCUCACACCGGCAGCAUUGCUGCACCAUUGUCUGAUGGCAGCAUGCUGUUGAUCGGCGGGCAAGCCGGAAGGCAUGGUGGUGCCACAUUCGACUGUUUCAACUGCACCAAUGAAGUGUGGCGGUUUCAGCACACGACUGAAGAAUGGACAGAUCUGACGAAGGACGUCCCAUGGGAUCCACGAUGGGGUCAUUCCGUCAUUACGCAGGCAGACGAUACAGUUUUGCUCUUCUUCGGCUGCUGCGAGCGAGGGAGACCCACGGUGAUGCUCCGAGACGUGUGGUCCUUCAAUCCGCUGAAAGGCGUUGCUUGGAGCAAAGUGGAGACACAGCCACCCUUCGAGGGAAUCCAAGCGACCUCUGCAGCCAUCACAGGCAAUGAGAUCUGGUUUGUUGGCGGCUGGUCCCAACAGCGAGGAACACUUUCGAUGGUUGCAGUGUUUAAUGUGGACACGUUGAAGUGGACCAUGAAGAGCCCCCAUGGAUCCGCACCCUGGGAUUCACGUGCAGAUCACGCCACGGCCAUCUCGCCUGAUGGCCAAUGGCUAGUGAUGUUUGGAGGUCAGAGUGCCACAGAUGGUGGAAGGCAUUGGAAGAGAUGUGAAGACACCUGGCGUGUGAAGUUGCAAGGCUACACGGUCUCUGGCUGGCACCGCAUCGGCAAUCUGCCGGCGGCGCGAAGCUCACCAGGGGUUCUUGUGCUUCCCAGCGGCUGGCUGUUGACCAUGGGCGGUCAUUGGACUCCUCCCAGCGAGACGCUCACUGCCAAGACUGAAGAUCGCAAGGGCAUGGAAGAACACCACGAGGCCACUGAGUUCCUCACCUACAACGAUGUGGUGGGCCUUGACCUGAACUCGGUCAGCGAUAAAUGGAAGGUACUGGAAACCAAGGCGCCUUGGCCUUCCCGUGAUGACGAGGCAGUGAGUGUAACCCGCGACGAAACCAUCCUGAUCUUUGGUGGUGGAACAUUGUAUGGCGGUGGAGGAUAUCAUCAAGAUGUUUGGAGAUUGCCAAAAGCAUCGCAAGUUUACAAACUGUCGUCCCCAGAGCAGGACAUCUUCAAAGCGUUUGAAGAGGAAACCGAUGCCUUCUUCGAUUCUCUUAUGAACAGUCCCAAGAAGGAAGCCAAAGCGCCGGAAGUCUUCGAUCCACCGCCCAGGGAGGUGGAGGCUGCAGCUGCGCCAGCGGUGAAGGAGGUGCCGGAAAAACAAUCCGUUCCAAAGGCCCACAGCGUCGAUACCUUCGAUGCAGCGACCUCCGCCACUGGCAGCGCAGGCAGCGCUGCUGGCAGCGGCGGCAACGUCACCAGCGCUGCGAUAUUUCGAAUGGACAGCGACGGUUCUGACGAGGCUCAUCACAGCGAUCACGAGCCGUCGCAUCAGGACGAGACGCUUCAAAUGGCGCCGGCGCCGCCUGCCGAGUUUUCCACCGAGGAUCGCAUGUUGCACGAAACCUUGGAGGACUUCUACUGGCGGAACAGGGCCAACAAUCUGGCGAACAUCAACGCCAUCGUGGCCAAGUACCGUGGGGCCAAUGUGGUGCACCUCUGGGCACAGUUGGCCAUCAAGUACAACGUGCCGCCCGUGGAAGCCGUCGAGUUGUUGUCCAGAACGUUGUACCAAAGCUCUCCAUAUGAGUACAGUCACAAGGAGCUGCGGACUGAACUCGAAGAGGCAAUGGCUGAGGUCCGUCACGACUUAUUGGCCAAGGGCCUCUCGGUGACCCGCACGGAACUGCUCAGUCGAGCCGUGGCACGUGGAGCCCAGGACGGCAGCGACCGGUUGCUGCGGCUGCUGGCCUUUCGAGGAUUGCCCGAGGAUCAAAAGCUUCGGGCACAAGUUUGGAAGGCUCUCCUGGGAUAUCUUCCAAUGAAGCGCCACGACGAGUGGAAUGCGAUCCAAGGCGAGAAGCGUGCGCUCUACGCCAGUUAUCGUAGCGAGCUGCUGACGAUCAGCGCCACGGCCGAGGUCUCCAUUCGCAAUGGACCCCGAAGUCCAGGCAGCGACAUUGCAGAUGAGGAGCUCUUACAGGAAAUCAAAAAUGACGUCGAGAGGACACGUCGAGACUUUGAAUAUUUCCGCCGGCCGGGGACCAAAGCGGCGCUCACGGCGCUGCUCUUCGUCUACGCGAAGCUGAAUCCGGGCGUGCGCUACGUGCAAGGGAUGAAUGAGAUCGCUGCCGUCCUGCUGUACGUCAUGUCAGUGGAUCCUGAGUCAGCGGAAAGCGAUGCUUUCUGGUGCUUCUCCGAGAUGAUGGUGGAAAUCAAAGAAGGCUUCAUGCAAACGAUGGAUCAUAGCGGUGAAGGAGUCUAUGGCAUGGUGGAUGAAAUCUCGCGAAUGCUCAGAAGUUACGACCCUCAGCUGGCCAGGCAUUUGCACAAGGCUGAGCUGUCUCUCUUCGUGUUUGUCCUGCGCUGGUGUACAGUUCUCUUUGCGCAGGAUGCGACUCUACCUGAUGUCCUUCGACUGUGGGAUUCAUUUAUUGCAGAUCCAAACCGAUAUGCGUUCGUGGUUUGCACUUGCGUCGCGGUGAUUCUCGGAAAGAGGGAGGCAUUGCUGGCCACAGAUAAGCAGUUUUCCCUUGCAGAGAUCAUGCAAGCGGGCCCUCGUGGCACUGACUUCGAGGAAUUACUCAAGCGAGCAAAUGCCAUUUGCGCCUUCGAACGACGAGGGGAGCAAGAGCCGAUCUUUCCACCCAGAAGGCUUCAAGUCAUGGACGACAUCAAUGAGUGGGCGAGCACUGCUGCUGCUGCAGCCUCAGAGGCAGCGGCCGUGGCCAGCGAGGCGGGCCAUGAAGUCUCCAAGAACAUCCAGGAGAAGAUUGCACCAGUGGUCAUUGAACGUGCGGGCCAGGCCUCUGAAAUCGUUCAGGACAAAGCUCAAGCCCUUCAGAGCUGGUUGCACGAAACUGCACCUGCUCGGAAAGAGGCCUUUGAACAAGCCCAAAGCCACUUGUCGUCGUUGGGAUCUCAUCCGAUUUUUUUCAGUUGGAUCGGGUCUGCCGUCUGCCGUCGUGGUCACCAUGUUUUCCGAACAGAGUUCUUUCUCAACAUGGGGUAUGGAGGGGUAUGGUACAAUUAUACAACACCCCACUAUCUGGAACUUUUGCGGGAAAAACAUAUGAUAAUACCAUGA